CGGGGGGCCCGGGAUGGCGGGUCCUGCCCCCCGGGCAGCCCCGGGUACCGGCCCCGCUCCUCCUCUCCCCGCCGGGGUCCCCGUCCCGCCGCUCCCUCCCGCAGCCCCGCCGAGGGGGCUCGGGCCGAACCGCCCCCGUCCCGGCGGGGAUGGCCCCGUCACCCCCAGGCCCCGCACAGCGCCCGCGGGCUCCGCGUGUCCCGGCCCGCCCGGCAGCCCCGGUGCCAGCGGGGCGGUGUGACCGAGCCCUCGGGGGCACUUGGGGUGCCCGCUCCCCGCGCUGGGCCGUCUGAGGUGUCCCCGGGGCUUCCGUUUCCCCUUCAUUUCCCGCCCGGUCCCGGCGGGGGGUUUGUCCGGCGCCGCACCGGGACGCGAGGAACGUGAGCCCGGCCCUGGCCCUGGGGUGGCGGGAGCCCCUGCUCGCCCGGCGGGCCCCCGCGGGGUGCUGGGCGCUGCCGGCCGGUGCCCGCCCCCCCGGGGUUCCCACCAUCCCGGGACCCUCCGGAGAGCGGCCGUUCCCGCAGGCGGGGGGACGGGUCCCCCCCUGCCCAGCGUCGCCAGCGGGACACCCGCGGGUGGGGACCCCUCCCCGGCCCGGCUCUGCCUCCCCAGGGUCCCCGCCGUGUCCCGGGGGUGCAGCCGCCGGGACCCCCGUCCCCAGCCCCCGCGGGGACAUGUUGGGGGACAGGGGGGCGUCCCCACGGCCCCUCAGCCCCGGCGGAGCCCGGGUGUCCCCCGGCAGCGCCCCGAACACCUCUCGGCUGCAGCGAUUUCCCUUUCGGGGUUCAGCACCCCCUCCCCCCCCGAGCCGGGCGGGUGGAUCCCCGUUUCCCGGGGCAGGAGAACCCCGUUCCCACGCCAGGCGGUGCCCGCUCAUCCCUUGGGUUUAUUUUGGGCGCGCUUUGCGCGGUGACCGUGACCCGCACUCCGGGUCCCGCCGCCCCGGGCAGGUCAGGGAGCCCCGGGCGCCGGUGCCAGGAGAGCCGGGGGGCGGGGGGGCAGGGAGGGGCGGCCGCCAGCCCCUUCCCUCGGCCCCGCUUCCUUCGGCUUCCCCUCCAGUCAAAGUCCUGCUCCCUUUCUGCUGACUUGGCCCCGCGCUGCGGAAAUUGUCUCUUGCAGCGCUCGGCUGUCCCAGCCGAGCCGAGCCGAGCCGAACCGAGCCCAGCCCAGCCCAGCCCAGCCCAGCCGCCCCGCAGCGCCCACCGCCCCGCUCCGGCAUGUGGCUGCUCCUGCCCCUGCUGGGGGCUGCCGUCCUGGCCCUGCCCGCCCAGCCCUGCGAGGCGCCGGGGGAGGCGGUGGCGGGGCCGGUGCGGGCGCUGAGCGCCCGGCUCCUGGGGCUGGCGGGGGACCCGGCGCGGGACCCCGACCCCAGCGUCUACCUGGCCCUUCGCCUGGGCCCCGAGCACAGCCUGCGCGGGGAGGAGCGGUACCUGCGGCGGCUGCAGGACGCCUUCCAGCACCGCUACGGCCGGAGUGCUGAGGUGGAGCCACCAGAGACAGGGCGGCUGGCGCUGUACCUGCUGGGGCUGCAGGCCACUUGUCACCCCCCGGACCACGGCGCCCUGCGCUCGCUGGUGACGUGGCUGAAGUUCUACCUGGAGGAGGACUGGACAGGCUCCCGGCACCAUGGCCACCCCCUCACCAGUUACUACCAGUACAGCCUGGGCGUGCUGGCGCUCUGCGUGCACCGCAAGCGGGUGCGGGAGGAGGUGAUCCGCCGGCUGCUGGCCGCCCAGGCCCGCGGCAGCUUCAGCCACGCCGGUGCCAGCGCCACGGACACGGCAGCAGUGGCAGCGCUGGCCUUCGCCUGCCUGGAGCGGCAGCAGCUGGUGGGGGCCCGGCUGGCGGGCGAGCUGCGGGCGGCCACGCGCGGGGCCAGGAGGGGGAUGGAGGAGGCCCAGGGCCCCGACGGCUUCUUCGGCAACGUCUACAGCACCCCCUGGGCCAUGCAGGUCUUCAUCGCCACCAACUCGUGCCAGACACAGCCAGGGUACAGCCGGGCCAUGGAUGCCCUGCUGGAGAACCUGGACGCCUUCACCACUGCUGCCACCAUGGCCCAGGUGCUGCCAGUGCUGCACGGCCGCUCCUACCUGGACAUCGCCUCCAUGCGCUGCCAGGAGGAGCCGGACACGCUGACGCCCUUGAGCCCUGAGCCGCAGACCGAGGUGCCAGGGAACAUGACAGUGCAUCUGGUGGUGGAGUGUCCCCUGCCACAGUGUCCCCAGGACCAGCUCUAUGACCAGAUGGUGCCCGUGCCCGCUGGCACCUCCCUCCUGGAUGUCCUCGUGGCAGCCACUGCACUUGGAUCCUCCAACUUCACGUUUGACACCCAGGACACCCCCCAGGGCCCCUUCCUGAGCCAGGUGCAGGGGCUGGAGGCCCAGAAGCGCAGCUACUGGCAGCUCCUCAGGGCCCCUGACACCAGCCUGCAGAUGGGUGUUGCUGACUACAGACCUGCCGACGAGGAGACCAUCAUCCUGCGCCUGAGCGAGUGGUAGCGGGAGGGGGGGACAGUGACAAUGAACCGCCUGCCUCGCAGCAGGACCUGCCAGU